GAAUGGCGUUGUUCUUUUUUUUUUUUUUUAACGUUAAAAAAAAAGUUAUGUUAAAAACCGGGCGAUGCUUUCCACUACCGUGGCAAUAAAAGAGACGAGUUUAGCAAGAAAUAAUCCUUCACUAACUGCAUUCUUUCUCCGUAGCCGUGCUACUGUCAAACGUCCGCUUCCUUGCCCGCAUCAAAGAUGAUUCCGUCCUCUUCUCAUGCUCCUAAUUGCUAAAUGGGAGGUUUUUAGCAACUCUUGCUGAAUAAGGUUCGGGCAAAAGCUUCCCAGUCCUGAGGGCUGUUUCUUGUGCCUCGGUCGCUACUUUCUGGGGAGGCGACCGGUCCCCCGAGUAAAUUUAGGGUUAUUCUUUCUGGACUCCCCCGCCCGGUUCAUUUCACGAUUUAUUUAUUUUUUUGGCGCGCUCGUUCAAGUUUGAGUUUAGAGCCGAGAAAGAAGGGAGAGCUGGCAUUAGCAUGGCUGCAGAAUCCUCCCCGAGCGCUUCUCCUGCUCCAGCUGACAGGGCUCAGGCGGAAAACCAAGAGGGAGACGCCGGGAAAAGGAGCAAGCAGGCAACCGCCAAAGCCCGCUGGACGCUUCUCAGACAGGUUUUGAAGCAAAAGCCCUUGGAGAAUGCCAACCUUCAGCAAAUAUCAGUAAGACGAUUUGCUUCAUUUGGUCUCUUCUCAAUAACUGAAGACAGUAUCGUGGCAGAAGAUGACUCAAGGUCUUGGUUUCAGUACAAAAGUAACUAUUAUCCUGACUAUAUUAUAUCAUUAAGAUGCAACAGCAGAUUAUUAAAUGUUGAAGAUGUUCUGACAAGUUUUGACAACACAGGAAAUGUUUGUAUCUGGCCUUCUGAAGAAAUACUAGCUUACUACUGCCUCAAGCACCAGGAAAUUUUCAGGGGCCUUGCUGUGUGUGAGCUGGGGGGUGGCAUGACAUGCUUGGCUGGGCUUAUGGUUGCUAUUUCUGCAGAUGUCAAAGAAGUUCUGUUAACUGAUGGAAAUGAAAAGGCUAUCCAAAAUGUAUGUGAUAUCAUCACAAGAAAUAAAAAAGUUGGAGUGUUCAGAGCUAAAGCCAUCUCAAGCAGCAUUUUACGAUGGGAUAAUGAGACAGAUGUCUCUCAACUGGAAGGACAUUUUGACAUUGUUAUGUGUGCUGACUGCCUGUUUCUGGACCAGUACAGAGCUAGCCUGGUGGAUGCAAUAAAGAGAUUACUUCAUCACAGUGGGAAAGCUCUGAUAUUUGCUCCACUUAGAGGAGAUACUCUAAACCAGUUCUGCAGCCUAGCUGAAAAGGCUGGUUUUUCUAUCGAAAGACAUGAAAAUUAUGAUGAACGCAUCUCAAACUUCCACUCCAAGCUGAAAAAAGAAGAAAAAGAUAUUUAUGAUCCAAAUCUCCACUACCCAUUUUUUCUUGUUUUAACCAAAGAAGGAUAGAAUAUGGGAAAACAAUAUUUUUUACUACAAAAUGGACUGUAUAUAAUAAUUUCAUGGGAAAGGUAAACUCUGAGCAAUGUAGACUAGAUCAUUCUCAGAACUUUGGGUUCAUUAUAUUGAAAAAGAGAGCUGGAAGUCUUAAGAGCUCUAGUUUCCUUUGUGGCUGUCAUUUCGCACAUGAUUUCUUCAUUGUGACAAAAAUGUUUUUUUCUGUUGCAUCUGGAAGAAUGUGUUUGACCAACUGCAAAAUGCUAAAGGAUUUAUUGUUCAAGUAAGUGAAAAAAACAGAUACUGAUAUCUGCUCAACAUUUGAGAUCAUAUCAUAUUCUAUGAAAGCGUCUCUUAUUUUACUAUUACCCCUUAGGCUAUUUUUGAAAAUUUCCUUUUGGGUUUUCUUUUCAGAGUGAAAUUUUUCAAACUCAGAUUGUUUAUCUGAUUUUUUUUUUUACAACAGGAGUUGGGAUUUCAGAGUUUUAUUGUUGAAUUUUUUAUUUUGGGGUGGGGGGUUUGGUCCUCUCUCAGUAGAUGUAUUAGAAAUUAUUGCUUCAAACCAAAGCCUCAUAAACUGACCAUUUGUCCUCUGGACACAAUGCAUUGGCCAGCCCUCUGCUCCUCCUCUCCAAUUAUGUGUGAUUAGUCUCAGUGUGUUGUGUCAAGAAGGGGGAGUGUGCUGAGUACUUAUUAUCUGUUUAGGUACAAGAAGAGUGCUCUGACUAUGAAUGAAAAGUGAGUCUUUAUCAGUCCUGAAAUCUAACUGCAACUGUUCCCUAUACUUGCUAUUAAAAAAUAGAUCCUUGUCUGAGAAAUGUUGGGUACUGUAGCAGUUGUGGGCUCUUUGCUCUCUCACUUCCCAAAAAUACAUGUUAACAUCGGGCAUUGUUCACACCAUUUCAUUAACAUUUUUGUCCCAGAAGCAAUGCAUGCCUUUCAAAGCCUAAGACAAAACUAUUUGGAUUUGUCUUCUUCCUGGUUUAAGAAACACUUUUUGGCAUCUUAAGUAGCUUAUCGUCUCUCUUUUUUUUUUUAACUAUUUUUAAAAGUCACUGGGGGGAAAAUCAAAUAGUAUUACACUUCAUUGUGUGCUUAAUUGGCAAAGUAUAUGAAAAUAAAAUAAUUACCCCUGAA